AAGUCAGGACUUGUGGCACUGCCCACACACUACCAGUGAGGAGACUGCUAACACUCACUACCAGUCAGAAGACUGCCUACACACUACCAGUAGGGAGACUGCGUACAUACUACAAGUUAGGAGACUGCCUACAUACUACCAGUGGGGAGACUGCCUACAUACUACCAGUAGGGAGACUGCCUACAUACUACCAGUGGGGAGACUGCCUACAUACUACCAGUAGGAAGACUGCCUACAUACUACCAGUGGGGAGACCUAGAGAAGGAUAUGGAUAUCACAGAUUCACCUGUGAAGGGAGGUAUCUCUAUACUUCACACAGAGGAGGAUGGGAAACACCACUAUGAAGUGGAGAAGAUCCUCAAGUUCAAGAAAGGAGGACAAGGAGGAGGAGCCUUCGCCAGUGAAGGAGACAAGCUCCUGACCAUCAAUGGAGUGGACCUACAGGAUCUAUCCCCAGAGACCUUCGCCAAGAUUCUGACGGAAGGAAACCCCAUGUUGACUGUCCACCAAGCCAGCAGGGCUCCUCCACCAGAGAGAUGCCCAGAGGAGGGGGCUGAGGCCAGGGCUCUCCACCCGGUCUCCAAGGAGAGCACCAUACUCAGCUUCAGCCUGGAGAUGAGACGAGAGGAUGACCUGGACGACCUGGAGAGUGACUCCUGUCGCCCCAUGGAAGACCUCACAGAAGAGGAUGUCAACAAAGCCGAUGGUGAGGUUGACGAUCUGUUCCUGGUUGCCAUGACGAACACCAGAAUCUCUGUGGUGAGGGGGCGUGGCUGCGGUGACGGGAGCUCUUGUCACAACUGUGGCAAGUCGGAUUGUAACUUCAACGAGGUUGUCAUGGUCGCAGAGUCCAGCAAAGUCACCCUGGUGUCACGAGGAAUGGGCAACUUGGAAAAAGUACAACAGGUGGACAACCUCUUUAUUGAAAACUAUUUAUGUCGCAUGUACCUUCGGCGUAGACUCACACGUAAGAUGUGGAGUAUUCCUAGUUUGUCAGCAACUCCAGAGAAGAUCACCAUCUAUCACUACAAGUCUGACUGUGUGGACGGAGAGUUUCGGGGGGUCCCUGUGGUGCUCAACUUCACCAGCUCUAACUGUUUCCUCAAGUGUGUUAAGGACGGAGAGCGAGUCUCUCUCUGUGUUGGGACGUGUGACACACACAGACUGAAAAGCAUUAGGAAGGAUGAUGAGGAGAUCCAGGCGUUUGUCUUCUACAUGAAGGCUGAAAUGAGCAAACAACGCCGGUUUGAGUCCGCCUACUGCCAGGGCUGGUUCAUCCACACUUCUAACAAGACCAAAGUAGAUUUGGAGAAACCCAAGGGGAUGACGGGGGACCAGUCAUUCUUCUUUGUCUUCCAUAAAUGAUGAAGAGGACGUGUGACACACACAGACUGAAAAGCAUUAGGAAGGAUGAUGAGGAGAUCCAGGCGUUUGUCUUCUACAUGAAGGCUGAAAUGAGCAAACAACGCCGGUUUGAGUCCGCCUACUGCCAGGGCUGGUUCAUCCACACUUCUAACAAGACCAAAGUAGAUUUGGGGAAACCCCAGGGGAUGACUGGGGACCAGUCAUUCUUCUUUGUCAUCCAUAAAUGAUGAAGAGGGUUUGUUGUUUCUGCAUGUUAUGUUUCUCUAUGUAGUUUCUAUAGUGUAUUUUUAUACCACCAUUUUAUACCACCAUUUUAUACCACCAUUUUAUACCAUAAUUUUAUACCAUUUUAUACCACCAUUUUAUACCAUAAUUUUAUACCAUUUUAUACCACCAUUUUAUACCAUGUCAUUUUGUAUUGAUCCCAUGAGUCCCUGGAAAACAAUGAUGAUUGCUGAGUGGGCUAUACUGGCUACCAUAAAUGUACUGUCGAUUCAUUGAAUGUAGAGAAACAGAGCCCAGGAAAAGAAUGGAUGUGUACUGAUAUUACAGUGUGUGUGUGUGUGUGUGUGUAAUGCAGCAGUGGCCUGUUUAUUCUGCUAUUGCAGAGAGAAGUAGCUAUGUAUCAUACACAAAUAAUUAGCAUUUGUUUGUAUUUUUCAGUUAUUGAUCGUUUAGUCAGAUGAGUAAUGCUUUUUAUAUUUUUCUGUGACUUAAGUCUUUUUUUAUUUAGAAUAAAAAUAUAUUCUAAAACUCUACAAA